GAUUCAUUCAUCUUUCAUGAGCAGGAUGAACAACGACGGGGCCACGACUGCCGAGUUUGCAUACGAAGCGACAUUCCACUUUGACCGGCUGCCUAACAACAUCAAGAAAAGGCAUGAACAGGAAAAGGACACAAAGAAACCUCACCCAACAUGGUACCAAGCAGCCAGGGCACCAGUCCCUUUUAACGAAGACAUCUUUUGGCAGGUUCUGGACCACUCGAAGGCGGUUACUGCCCAAGCGAGUGCACAAAGAUCCUGUCAUGGAGGAGCUACUUUAUUAUACCCGAUCACAGCCAACCAGUCAUGCGGUCUUUGUCCCAGUCAUUCGCUCCGCAUCAGCCAAUAAUGCGGGUCAGAAUUCAAAUCAAAGUUGCGGUGACAGCGGCAGCAGUAGGAACGAUCGCGAUAUAGAGGAGAUGAUGAAAGUACUACCGUUUUAUUACCCAAAAGUGCGCGGAUUCCGGUACGGAUUUACCCCAGAUCUAACACAGGAUGCCUCAGAGAACCGAGAUGGCGAUCCUGAGAAUCGGGAUGGCCACCGGCAUAAGGAUGAGGAUGGAUCUGAAGAAGGGUGCUAUGAAUAUGUCGAGGACGAAGAUUCUGCUGAGGGCGCCAAAACUGAAAACGAUGGCAGUUUUAGCGGCAACACAAAAAUUACGAGUAAACGGGCUGGUUGGAUUACGCUAGACUUGUUCUUGGCAGGGGAUGAAGGAGUCUUUACAGACAAGAUGCAAUACGCUUUCAAGGAGCUAUUCAAGAAACUCUACAAAUGGGGUGUCAACGCUACUAAAGGAUUUACCAAAAGCAGGGUUCAACAUGACGUUAUGGUCCCCAAGGAUCUCUACCUCGCAACCUACGCUCGGUUAAAGGAAACCUAUGCCCAGAAAUGGGUCCAGUCUUGGCCUGAAAAGACCGAUCCACGCAAGUUUGUGUUUGAGGACAUUUCGAUUGCCAGUUGGCUGGUUGCGUUGUGGGAAUUAGAACGUCAACAAUACCGUCUAGAGCACCAUGAGGAUCAAUCAAAGGACGACAAUAGCCAGGACAAGGAGUCGAAAAUGGAGAAACAGACGUUUGUGGAUCUCGGCUGCGGGAAUGGUCUGCUGACCCAUAUCUUGAACGAGGAAGGACAUGCAGGCACAGGAAUUGAUAUCGUUUCGAGGAAGGUUUGGGAUAUCUAUGGACCCGAGACCCAUCUUGAAGCCAAGACAAUUAUUCCCAAUGAGACGGCACUUGACAAUGUGGACUGGAUCAUUGGAAAUCAUGCUGAUGAGCUCGCACCCUGGAUACCCAUUAUUGCUAUGCGGUCAAAGCCUCUAACCAGAUUCGUUGUGAUACCCUGUUGUUUCUUCGAUCUAAACGGCAGCCGAUACCAGUUUCCGAAAGGUGCCCCUGAAGGGAAGUACAAAGCCUAUCAAGAAUACAUCUGUAGCAUCGUCGACGCCUGCGGCUACCACCUCCAGACAGAGAUGUUACGGAUUCCAAGUACCAAGAACGUAGCCCUGGUUGGCAUGACACGGAAGCGGAAACGAUACGUUGGAGGUGAGGACGCGGAGGGACAGCAGUGCCACGAAAGAGUCGACUCCUUGGUAAGACAGAGCGGAGUCUUCGUGGCUCGUAUCUCGGAUAAGGACAAACAGAUCAUGCAAAAGUCCAAACAGACUACCAAGAUGCUUACAAGGAAGACGGAUGCCUAAUCUUUGACGUGCGCAAUGCAUAGAACCAUAAUAAAAUCCAUUGUGCAGUGACUGAUCUACAGUAGCAACUGCACUUCCCUCCUAUCCCAUGCCUCCAAGUAUCCCUCC